AACCCGACCAGGGCGUAGCCAGAGACAGAACCCGACCAGGACGUAGCCAGAGACAGAACCCGACCAGGACGUAGCCAGAGACAGGACACCUGACUGGGACACGAUCCAGCACCUGCAGUUCUGAGAAUAAGCAGAUAAGCACGGACAUAAAUCUCUUUACAUUGUCACACUGUGGGCAGAUUUUACGUAAGUACUGUAAAGUUUCCCAUUACGGAGUGAGUCACAGUCACAUGUAGGCACAUGGUGCGGACGUGCAACAGCACAGGAGGAAAAAACCUCCCCAGAGCCCACGGCCCGAGUCAAAGCCAGCACAAACAAUAUCACACACCGAACUGACUCACUGGUGGUAACAGUCAAUACUGUUGACUGGGAAGGAAGUGAAGUCACCAGAUUUAAUUCUACCGUCUUGUGAAACGUUCCACCAACGUAUAAAGACACACUUGCAUCACCUGACUGCUCCCCACCGGGGCCCUUCCUACCCACGGAGGCUGCGACCAGGGGCCCCAGAAGGAAGAGGAAGUCAGAGCCCGUCGCACGUCUAAUCUCGUCAGCUCGUCGCUUUUACAGCAUGGAGAAGUGCUCGUCCGACUGUAACGGAGAGACCGACGACAUGCGUUCCAGUCUGGACGGACCUCCGAGCCCGUGCGGCCUCGACCCGAGCCCCGGCAGGAGCAACGCCAACAACAGCAACAACGGCGGCGAGAGCGGCGACAACUCCGGCUGCCAGUAUGCGCUGUGCGCUCUGGGGGUGGGGCUGGUGGCCCUCGGCAUCGUGAUGGUCGUGUGGAGCGUGGUCCCCGCAAACGUGGCCCAGAACAGCAGCAGCGGCGGCGGCGGCGGCGGCGUCGUCGAGGGCGACGGCAAGAAAAGCCGCGUGUCCUCGGUGGCCUUCGUCCUGGUGGGCUGCGGCGUCCUCAUGCUGCUGCUGUCCCUCGGCCUGGGCUUGAGGAUCAAGCAGCAGCGGCUCCGAGGGGCCCGCGGCCGCGGGGGGGAGGCGGGCCGGGCGCCGGAGGAGGGGGAAACGGCCGAGGAGCGAGCCCAGCGCUACGCCGUGCCCAGCUACGAAGAGGCGGUGGGCAGCGGCCAGUACCCCGUCCUGCAGAGCAGCCACCGGCCCAGCUCCUCGCAGCUCCCCUCCUACGACGACCUGCUCAAAGUGGACGGCGUGGACUACGAGCGCGAGGCGCCCGACGCGGCCCGGCAGGCGCCCGCGGCCAAUCACAGGCCCGGGAAGAGUCCCCGCAAGCUCCUCCCCAUCAACAUCCGCAGGAUUAAAUCGGAGAAAUUCCACCCGAAAAGCAACGAGAACUCGCAGCCGGCGGCGGGACUGAGUGUAGAACCGCUGACCCCACCGCCGCAGUACGAGGAUAAAGUGCCUCCACUUCACGAGCAAGACAAUCCGGUGUGAAAGGACCUGAAGGUCCUGGAAGGUCACGUGUGGAGGUCCUGGACUUGCCUUGUUAAGCCAAGGCUCCUCUUCCUGUCCUCAGUGGGACCUCGCUAUGAAACCGCAGUACCUGUUCCGAGGACCCGUUCCCCGCGCUCACAGAACAGGAAGGGUUCUUCACGCGGAUCUCUCUGGAUCCCAUCCAGACUUGGAAGUUGCCGUCUCCUUCCAGAAACACGUCAGCUUUAUCUUUACGUAACCCUUAACUACACUACAACGCCUGUGGGUGUUUCUAUGCACAGGCUGCCGAUGCUGGGUAGCAGCUGCUGUGUUCCACCCUGGGACGCUUCGGGUUCCCCAGUCAGCCUCAUCGUGAACAGUAUUGUCCCUCUUCCUUGUUUGUACUGUUGAAUAAUGCACAUUUUUAAAACUAACAAACUACUGACGGAUGUCGUUGAAUACUAACAAAGUGACGAGCAUUGUCUCAUAGCAUUGUGUCGUCUGCUGCGGCAGGAUGUGGUCCCAAAAACCCAGCUAAAGGCUGGAAUGCAGGUCAGUUGUUUGUAACUUGAGCGCUGGUCACGUGGGGGGGCGGAUGACGUGAAGCAAAACCCAUCAGGUUUAAUGACUGAAGUUUAUUUUUGGACUCGCUAAUGCUGCACCAGUGGCCAUUAAUAAGGUCACCAUUAGCUCACCAUUACGAGAAUGAGCUUUCUAGGAGGAACCCAUUUGGCUUCAAGGUCUCCUUCCACGCGGGGGGGUGAUGUCGGCCGACUGCAGCCACGGCGCUGCUCGGCCUCCAGUUGUGACUCACGCGCCUUUGUGUCCAGCGCACAGCCGCUGCUCUCGUUAAGCUGGGUUCAGGACGAGGCCGCGUGACCCAGUCUGGGCCGGCGCGCUGCGUCUGUGCUGCAGAGGGCGGGCAGACGUGUCUGGGAGCGCGGGGCAGGGAGCUCGUGAUCAGCUGGAGGCCUGGGUUCCACCCCCGGUUCUGUCUGGGCCGGUGCUCUUGCGUCAGGCGACCGGUAGAAAGACUCUGGGGCUAAAGCUGUUGCUCAACCGCUGACUCGUGACCACUCACGCAACCACAGCUGCACCUGCAGAUUAUUUAAAGUGUGCAGGGGGCGACUGGAAGGAGGGGCGUUCUUCUAGUGUACUACUACAAACAUUCCUUCAGGUGGGACUCAAUAAUAAAUGCUGCAACUACAACUGGGUGAAUAAAACACAGCAGCAGAAACCUUUGGUCAGCAGAUUAAAUUAUUAGAUUAUUAUCUACCUUUGCAGAGAUUUAUGUCUGACAGUGAAUUUACAGCCGUCUCCAUCAUUUACAUGCUCUUACUGGCGCUUCGUCACAGUAUACUCAUCCUCAUGCAGCGUCAUGAGCUGCAGACGUGGUCAUCGAACCUCAAAGGACCAAAUCAUGGCUGAUUUUCUUACUAUGGGGUCAAAUGUUUUACAUUGACAAAUGAGUGUCACUUUAUUUUAUUUACAUAGAAGAAAUUAUUUUAUUGUUCCUUUUUAUUGCAGAAAUCAGAUUUUUUUUAAUAUGUACUGUGAAAAUAUCCUUUUUUCUACUAUAAUGCUAAUGUUGUUUUUGAAUAUUGAAACCAAAAUGUUUAUAAAUAUUUCAGGAAAAAUAAAAGGAAUUGUUUGCUAAUGAAUUGUAGUUGGCGGUGUGUAUUUCACCAUAACUCAGUCGUUUACAUCGUUAGUUGCAGAAUGUUUUGUUACUUUUAUGUUCUCUUUUAAGUUCUCCAUUAAUAUGUAACGAGGGACGUGUCUAAAUGCUGCUUUGUUGCUUCCUGACUCAUCCAAGCCUCUGUGCUUGUUAACAGCGAUAAACUGCCUCUGCAGAGAAAAUGUAAACGCUACAUAGAAAACACUGUUUUUAAACACACACACACACACACACACACACACACACACACACACUGCAGACAAGCCUCCAGCGCCCCCUGCUGGCUGUGUUACCGUGUCACUCCUUCCACAAGUAAUAAAAGAUUUAUGUCUGUAGCUGUGCCGCCAGAA